AUGUUCGACAGGAGAAAAUCCUACAAGAUGCAUGAUCGUUUGCAUGAACUUGCUUCGUCCUUAUCAAAGGAUCAAUGGUCGAUUAUGCUAGGAACCGACAUUGAAGCCAAUGAUCUCAAGUUGGCUGCACAUAUGACCCUGAUUAGUUGCAAAGCAGAAAUUUUGAAAUCCUUGAGAGGAAAGGAAAAGCUUAGAACACUUCGUUUGUUGAACAGUGGAGUUCUUGGAGAAACGCUGGCAUGCACUAUUUCUCUUCGUGUCUUAAUUGUGGUCGAUUGGCAUGUUGAUGAACUGCCGGAUUCGGUGAGCAAAUUAAAACUUCUACACUAUCUUGACAUCUCGAAGACCAAGAUUCUAAAACUUCCAGAUUCAAUUUCAGAACUAUACAAUCUGCAAACCUUGAAACUCUAUGAUCUGAUAGAGUUGCCAAAGAAUUUUGAGAAUCUGGUUAGUUUGAGACACCUUUAUAUUGAGAUGUUCCAGGACUUCAAUAAACUCAGUGAUUUGCCUCCUCAAUUUCGAAAGAUAAUCAACCCUUCUUCUUUUAAACCAUGCUUUAAAGCAUAUCUACACAGCAAGUGUCCGAUUGAGAAGUUAGACACGUUAUUGGAGCGUCCAGAUUUGUGUUAUCGUCUCAGCAUUUACUGCCUCGAGAAUGUGAAUAGCUAUGAGGAGGCCACCAAAGCAAAGCUAUCAAUUAUGUCAACAAUAGAAUGUUUAAGGUUCCAUUGGAAUGCAAGGAGGGAAAAUGAAUAUAAUGAGGAAGUUUUGGAAGGUCUUCAACCUAACCCAAACAUAAAAUAUCUGGCAAUCGAAAAUUACAAAGGUUCAGCAUUUCCUCUCUGGAUGGAGAAUACGAGUCAGCCACUGAUACUUCACCAUCUUGUGAGGAUGGAGUUGGAGGACUGCAGCUGUUGUGAACAAGUUCCGCCACUGGGUCACCUUCCCUGUCUCAAAAUUGUAAAGAUGCAAGGGAUGGUCAAUGUUAAAAGCAUUGGGGCUGAAUUCUAUGGUUUUACAAAUGUUCAUGAUCAAUGCAGCACCAGUAGCAGUGCAAGUCGAGUUUUUCCUCAAUUAAGAGAACUCACACUAUGGGAAAUGACAAGUCUAGAGGAGUGGUCGAAUCAUUCUUCAAGUGUCUGUCCUCUUCUGGAGAAAUUUGAAGUUGAGCAAUGCCCCAAACUGAAAUGUCUCCCAAAUGUAAUGACUACCAGUCAUAGGCUGAGAAGGCUAGAGGUUGCCAUGUGUGACAGUUUGGGAUGCCUACCAGAAGGAGUUGGAGGACUUGAGUCACUCAAGGAUUUGGAUAUACACGGCCUGCCAUCUCUGUCUCAGCUGUCUAUUGGAUGUUUUGACAACCUCAAGACUUUGACAAUAGGUGGCUUCUCCGAUGCUCCAGACUUUGAGGUUUUUGAUGAUAUCGGGUUAUGGUGGGCUGGAGACUCUCCCAGAGUGGAUUUCUAA